CCCGGUGCCGGCGGUUUUAUUUACAUGGGGGCUCGCGGGCGUCACGUGACUGGCAGAGCGGCGGGGGCUGAGCGCGGCUGCACCCGCGGGGCCAUGGCGUGUGCCGGCGACGACGGCUCCUGGGUGGAGCUGUGGUGUGGCCCAGCGUGCCCGGAGCCCGAGCCCUCGCGGUUCUCCUCCUGCCACGCCGACGUGGAGCGGAUGCUCCUGGAGGCCCAGCUGGAGACGGAGAGCGGUGACGGCGCCCUGCUCACGCUGGGCUCCCCGGCCUGGGAUGACGACGGAGCCAGCCAGGCGAGCGAGCAGCCUGGGGAGGGCGAGCUGCUCCCUCCCCACAGCCAGCCCCAGCCGGGCUGCCCCCACCCCCGGCAGCGGGAUGUGCCGGAGGAAGCCGAGCGGAGGGAGCGACGCCUGCCAGCAUCCCUCGGCUGGGCCUGUGCCCGCCACCCCCAGCAUCUGUCUCCAACGGAGUUUGCCUUUGUGUGCUCCCCCCAGCCGGUGCUGUGGAGCCUGCAGGGAGGCGCAGUGGGGAGAAAGAAGAGACUUUUCAGUUCAGAGCUGCUGCUGCUCUUCAUCCCCUCGCUGCUGCUCAGCCACGUGCUGACCCUGGGACUGGGGAUCUACAUUGGGAAGCGGCUGGCAGCCUCCUCGGCAAACCCACUGUGAAGAGCUGGGCUGAGCGAGAGACGGGUGGCUCCACCGCCCCGCUCCUCCGCUCAGUGUGUGGAGGGAGCCCAGGCACCAGCGCAGCCCAGCUGCUCCCAGACUUCGUGUUUGUGGCACGAGGUGCCGUCUCCCCUCAUCCCUUCUUUAGCCCCAGCCUAGGGAGCUGAUCAUACUCUCCCACGUAGACAGGAACCCACGGAUGGCAGCUCCCUGCUGCAGGCAGCCCCUGCCCUCCCCAUCCCUUGGUUACGGGUCCAGGUUCCUCCUCUGUAACACAAGACUGUAAAUAGGACUCCUGAGCCUGCAACACUACGUGUGAAUAAACAGCCCUGUGCCAGCUCGGGAGGCAGAGCAGCGUGCCGGCAGUCACUGCACCAGACCCGGCACAGCCCGGCC